AUGCCUUCAGCCGUAAUAAAUACAACUAUUCAAUGUUGCGUCUUAUCUGGCAUCAGCAAUAUCAUCGCACAAUUCAUUUCCGCACAUCAGAAGAAUAUAGCAUUUACGAUAAAUUGGACGCCAGUAUUUCACUUCAUCUUAUACUCAGCUUUGAGCGCCCCUCCUAAUUUCUAUUUACAAUCCCUCCUCGAAUCCCUCCUCCCCUCAAAGAAACCCCUCCCUCCACAAAACAUCUCCGAAAAAUCCACAUCCCCCAAUGCCCCACAAUCAACCCCAUCCCUCUCCCUCACCAACACCCUUCUCAAAGUAUUCUUCGACCAAACACUCCUCGCAAUUUUCAACGUCCUGUUCUUCCUCAUAACAUUCUCCCUGUUCCGCGGUUCCACUCUCCCACAAGCCCUACAGUCUGCUCGAUCUGAAUACUGGGAUAUGAUGAAAGCGGGGUGGAGAUUAUGGCCUUUGGUUAGUUUGAGCAAUUUUGCCAUUAUCAAGAGUGUGCAGGGGAGAGCGCUACUGGGGAGUUUGGCGGGGAUUGGCUGGAAUGUUUAUUUGGGAUUGGUGCAGGGUGGGAAGUGA